AUGGCUGAAGCCUCGGGGGCUGCUGGCGAUUCUCGAGCCGUAGAGAAUCAAAAGUUUAUUAGACGAGCUACCAGAUAUGCUCGCCUUCUGAUCUGUGCGGAGCCCACCGCUGUUGACCUCACGCUUCUCAGCGUCGGUAUGCUAGCUGCGAUUGCCUCUGGUGUGCCCUUCCCUCUCAUGGGUAUCCUCUUCGGUCAAUUGGUCGACAACCUCAACUCUGCGUCUUGCAGUGCAAAUUCCCAAAGUGGGCCAUCGCAUCAAGCAGAAGUCAAUGACAAGGUUCUCAAAGUGGUGUAUGUCGGAAUCGCCUACUUUGUAUUGGUGUAUAUAUACGUGGCCUCGUGGAAUUUGUUUGGUGAACGUCUCGCCCAGAGGCUUCGUGAGCAGUAUUUCAAAAGCUUAUUACGGCAAGAUGUUUCCUUCUUCGAGGAAAUGCCAGCAGGGGAAGCCGCUUCGCGACUUACGGGGGACAUAACCACCAUUCAGCAGGGAACCUCUGAGAAAGUCGGCAUUGUCCUCAACAGCGUUUCUUUCCUCAUCACCGCUUAUAUUGUCGCUUUUAUUAAGGACGCAAAACUUGGUGGAGAGUUAGUGUCUCUAACACCGGCAUACCUACUUAUGUCGCUUGUAGGCGGUUAUUACACACAGAAGUAUGCCUCUGUUGUGUUGACAAAUGUGGCUGGAGCGGCUUCUGUUGCGAUGGAAUCAUUAUCAAAUGCAACAGUUGUGCAUGCUUUCUCAGCGAAUGCACAGCUAGAAUCAAAAUUUGCGGUCCUCCUGGGCAAUGCAAAAGUGGCUGGAAUUAAGAAAGCAAUUGCAGUAGCUUCCCAGUCCGGAUUGCUGUUCUUCAUUGCAUACUCGGCGAAUGCCCUUGCAUUUUGGCAAGGCUCGAAAACGAUUGCAGAUUCAAUUGCUACUGGGAAUUCUGGAACAUCUGUCGGGACCACUUACACAGUAAUCUUUAUUCUAGUCGAUGCUUCCUUGAUCCUAAGUCAGGUAGCUCCGUUCCUCCAAAUCUUUGAUGCAGCCGGCGCCACUUUCGAAAAAUUAGAUAAGGAUAUGAACCGUGAAUCAAAAAUAGACGGUACAGUAGACGAUAGGGGGUUGACUCUCCCGAAUUCUGUCGGUGACAUCGAAUUAAAGAAUGUCUCUUUCUCUUUCCCGUCCCGUCCCGAGAACGCCGUGCUUAAGGGUGUCUCAAUUUCAUGCCCAGCAGGAAAGCAUACAGCAAUUGUUGGUCUGUCUGGAAGCGGGAAGUCAACUGUCGCUGGGCUGAUUACGCGUCUAUAUGAUCCAACAGAUGGAGAAGUGCUUUUUGACAGCCAUAACAUCAAAGAACUCAAUGUCCGGUCCAUACGAAGCAACUUCAGCCUUGUUCAGCAAGAGCCCUCCCUUCUCGAUCGAUCGAUCUUGGAGAAUAUUGCUCUAGGUUUAAUUAAUUCCCCAGCCCAUUCUCACUUGACCGCCACUUUGUUGGGGCAGAAACUAUCUGACGUCGCCGCUGCCAUCAGGGAUGGACACGACCUAACGCGAGCGGCACAAAUCCAAGGCCCAGAGGUCGUCGAAAUCGUGGAACUAGUCCAGAAGGCCGCAGCACUUGCUGAUGCUGGUAUAUUUAUCGGCCGUCUGAAGGAUGGUUAUGGUACGCUUGUCGGUUCAAGUGGUAGUUUAAUUUCAGGCGGUCAAAAGCAGAGAAUUUCCAUUGCCCGAGCUUUGGUUAAAGGCCCAAAACUUCUGAUCCUUGAUGAAGCUACUGCCGCCCUGGAUUCCGCCAGCCAACAAAGGGUACAGUCUGCAAUUGAGAGCGUAAUGGGCGGGAAAACCUUGAUCACCAUUGCCCAUCGCCUAUCCACCAUUCAGAAUGCAGAUAAUAUUGUUGUUAUGAAUCAAGGUCAAGUUAUUGAGCAGGGGACGCAUACAGAGCUGAUUACAAAAGAUGGAGCAUACGCUGGUCUUGUGCGUCUACAGAAUCUCAACGCACAUCCAGAGCAGGCGGGAAUCUCGAGCGAGACGCUAAUGGUGGAGGAUUCGAUAGAAAAUGUAUCUGAGAAAGUUACCCACAGUUCCCCUGUUGUAGAAGGCAGACUUGAUGAGAAGCACUCGUUUGAGGCACCCACACCGAAGGAAGAAGAUUCCAAUGGUAUAAACACGAAACGCUCCAUAUUGUCCACGCUUAGAGCUCUCGGCCCAAUGUUCCGUCCAUAUCUUCUUUUCGUCCUUCUAGCCUUGGUCAGCGCUGUCGUUGUAGGUGGUACGUAUUCUGCAGCUGCAGUCAUCUUCGGCAGCACGGUCGGCGAAUUAAGUCCUUGCAAAAUGCCAGAUUCAAUCAGAUCUGCGGGAAGAUUUUUUGGAUUGAUGUUCUUCACCCUCGCCAUUAUUGAAUUUUUUGCUAAUCUUGCAAGUUGGUCCGCGUUUGGAUUGAUUGCCGAAAAAAUCACGUAUAAAGUCCGAGUUCUCUCUUUCAGGGCUCUAAUGGAGCAGGACCUGCAAUGGCAUCAGUCUGACGGGCGGAGCCCCACUCUCCUCCUCUCGGUCAUCACCCAGGAUGGUAAUGCGCUGUCGGGCCUUACUGGGUCUGUGGUUGGCUCCAUUGUUGCGAUUUUGGUUAAUCUGGUUUCUGCGAUCGUCCUAUCUCACGUCAUUGCAUGGAAAAUUGCAUUGGUUUGUCUUUCUGUUGUUCCUCUGAUGCUUGGUGCGGGCGUCAUGCGAGUAAUGACGAUGACACGAUUCCAAGCACGGCACGCUGAAUCAUUCGCAAAGUCGCUUGGAAUAACAGUCGAAGCAGUCAGCCUCAUCAAAACCGUGUCUGCCCUAUCCCUGGAACAUGAAAUCUUGAAAACAUAUAAGCGCUCUUUAAAAGGCCCAGUCAAGGAAAUUGCGCAGCAAAGCGCCUAUGCUAACCUUUGGCUAGCAAUUGCAUACGGCCUCAGCAAUUUUCUGUACGCACUUGCCUACUGGUGGGGAGCCAAACGAAUCAUUGCCGGCGACUAUUCUCAAACUCAGUUCUUUAUUGUGCUAGUGGCUCUUCUCGUCAGUGCACAACUUUGGGGUCAGAUGUUCACACUGGCGCCAGACGUAUCGCGUGCUUUCACUGCAUUAGCUCGAAUUAUGAACCUCCUCGACCUGGGAUCAACCAAAAAGUUCUCUAGCCCGAUUCAACCGCUCGGGAGAGGUCUCAAUGAUGUUGAAGCCAAUGCCGAUUCAAAGGAGAAACUCUAUAGUUUAAAUCACGGAGGCAUCGGUGUUUAUUUUGACAACGUGAAAUUUUCCUAUCCGGCCCGUCCAGACGUCCCGGUUCUCCAUGGUCUUAAUCUCCGUGUCAAACCCGGGCAAUUUGCAGCACUGGUUGGUCCCAGCGGUGCAGGAAAGUCCACCAUAAUAUCACUUAUUGAAAGACUGUACUCGCCGAGCUCUGGCAGCGUCCAGAUUGAUGGCCAAGAUAUCUCCAAACGCGAAGGUGUCUCAUUCCGCGAUAAUAUUUCCCUUGUUCCUCAGGAUAGUGUGCUAUUUGACGGCACCAUCAGGUUCAAUGUUGCCCUUGGGGCAAGGCCUGGCCAUAUACCAACAGAUGCGGAGAUUGAAGAGGCAUGCCGGUUGGCAAAUAUUCACGACACCAUACGUAAUCUACCGGAAGGGUAUGACACGAAUUGCGGACCUGGCGGAAACAAAUUAUCAGGCGGACAGAAGCAGCGACUUGCAAUUGCACGCGCGCUCGUCCGGAAGCCCCAGCUGCUGCUCCUUGACGAAUCAACAAGUGCACUCGACGCAGAAUCCGAGCAACUGCUUCAAGCUGGCCUAGAGACAGCAACCCGAGGUAUCACUGUUAUCGCCAUUGCGCACAGACUGUAUACUAUCCGAAAAGCAGACGUUAUAUUUCUCAUUGAGGAUGGAAAAUGCACUGAUCAGGGUACUCAUGCAGAAUUGGUGGAGCGAAGCGAGAGUUAUAAGAUUAAUGCUCUGCAUCAGGCAUUUGAAUGA